AUGCCGCAGUUCAUCCUGGCCAGCGGGCAGCUCGUGCAGGGCAUCCAGGGCGCGCAGCUGCUCAUCCCCACGUAUCGCCACGCAGACGAUUUUGACCAUCCCUGUGAACCACGUGACCAGCGGACAGAUGGUGAACCUAGCUUUGAGCAACGGCCAGGUAGUAACUACUACCCUCGCCAAUCUGCAGACACUGGCGCAACCGCACCCUCUGCUGACGCCGGCCAACGCAACGGGCACAGUGCCCUCUCCUGGCCCAGGACUGGGCCUCAGUUCCCCGGCAGCCUCUCUACCUCAUCUGCUGAGCAACGGCUCGGCAGCCCAGACGCACCAGCAGCUGCUGAACGCCAUGCAUCAGCAGCAACAACAGCACCAGCAGCAACAGCAACAACAGCACCAACAGCACCAGCAGCAGCAACACCAGCAACACCAACAGCAACAGCAGCAGCAGCAGCAACAACAGCAGCAACAGCAGCAGCA